GGUCGUUGGUGUCUGUUGAACGGCUCUUGGAAGUCGUGCUGCCUUGGGUAGGGCGUUAAGGUCGUUCUUGAGAGGAACGUCUCUGUCCGAAGAGAAAAUGAGUUUAGCUCUGAGAAAUGAGCUUGUGGUAGACAAAACAAAGAGGAAAAAAAGAAGAGAACUCUCUGAAGAACAGAAACAAGAAAUUAAAGAUGCUUUUGAACUAUUUGACACAGACAAGGAUGAAGCAAUAGAUUAUCAUGAAUUAAAGGUGGCAAUGAGAGCCUUGGGGUUUGAUGUAAAAAAAGCUGAUGUACUGAAGAUUCUUAAAGAUUAUGACAGAGAAGCCACAGGGAAAAUCACCUUUGAAGAUUUUAAUGAAGUUGUGACAGACUGGAUAUUGGAAAGAGAUCCACAUGAAGAAAUAUUAAAGGCAUUUAAACUAUUUGAUGAUGAUGAUUCAGGUAAAAUAAGCUUGAGAAAUUUGCGACGUGUUGCCAGAGAACUGGGUGAAAACAUGAGUGAUGAAGAACUUCGGGCUAUGAUAGAAGAAUUUGAUAAAGAUGGUGAUGGAGAAAUAAAUCAAGAGGAGUUCAUUGCUAUUAUGACGGGUGACAUUUAAAGAAUUACAAGGAUAAACACUAAGAAUGUUGCAGUUACAUCUCAUAUUCUAUUUUUGUGCUGGAGCCGUGUUAAAAAGAAACCCAACUUAGUUCCCUUUUUCCAAAAGGACCAAAAAUAAGUGUCUUAUGUAUUCAUAUUUUACUACUGUUAAUUUUCUUUGUAUGAGCAGUAUUGUUAGCACUCUAAUAGUUUAGCUUUGUAUUUAUAAUAUAGCUUUUAUAUAUAUAUAUAUAAAAUUUAAAAAAUUGAAUCACGUGGUACACAUUCUCUGAAAGUUUUUUAUUCGGCAUCAGUAGUCACUUUUGUUUUGAUGUACACAUUAUACAGACUUUCAUUAAUAAAGUCUUUAUUUUAGUAGUA